GUUUCUUGCGCGCGUCACUCCGCGCCAGUUCGCUGCUGCACGAGGUUGCUUAGUUCUUGAGACGUCUAACAACUCUGACAGCCUACAAUCAUGUCUGACAAACCCAACCUGGAGGAGGUCACCAGCUUUGACAAGAGCAAGCUGAAGAAGACUGAGACCCAGGAGAAAAAUCCUUUGCCUUCGAAAGAAACAAUCGAACAGGAGAAGCAGGCAGGCUCUUCAUGAAGGCCGAGCGGCUGCCACCACGCACUGUACAUUCCACAACCAUUGCCUUCUUUCUCCUUCACUCCUUUUAAGCUGUAUUACUCUGUAACCCAAACCUAAGUUGCAUUGUGAUUGGACGAAAGCAGAUGACUGUGCAGCACCUCCGCCCAUCCCCCCCCCCCCCC